AUGCAGUAUCUCUACCGUCGGCUGCGAGACCAGUACAAAGUCCGUUUCGUCCGAAGAAACAUUGAAAACAUUCAAAUGGCGUUUAUGAGCCAAGAUACGAAAGUGGUUUUCAAUUGCACCGGUAACGCGGCGAAGACGCUCGCAGGCGUUGAGGAUAGCAAUUGUUACCCAACCCGCGGCCAAGUUCUCCUCGUCCGGGCGCCGCAUGUCCACUCCAAUGUCAUGCGCCACGGCAAAGACUACGAGACAUAUGUGAUCCCUAGGCCAGGAUCUAAUGGCAAUGUGAUUUUAGGAGGCUAUAUGCAGAAGGGAAAUGGCGACACUGCUACAUAUCCACACGAGACCGAGUCCAUUCUUGAACGAACAAAAGGUAUCAGCUCGGAGCUGCGCCGGGCUGAGCCGGAGAUACUGGGCGCAGUCGCUGGUCUCAGGCCGUCCCGCCAGGGCGGUACCAGGGUAGAGCGCGAAGAUGUCACCGUCGCGGGAAAGAAGCGGGCGCUGGUUCACAACUACGGCGCCGGAGGUACUGGCUUCCAGGCUGGCUAUGGUAUGGCGCUCAGUGCUGUCGAGUGUGUUGAGGACAUCCUCAGAACAGUUCGUGACGACGCUGUCCGAGCUCGCCUUUGA